CUGUACCAAGCGACUCACGGACUGGUACCAGUGGUUAGGGACCGCUGUUUUAGACCAUGAUUUUUUGGUAUAAAUAUAUUUAGAUUGAUUGUUUGUUUGUUUUUUAAAAACUGUUUUAAAAAAUGUUGAUAUUGUGAAAAACCUUAAGGGUCUUUCAAGGUUCUUCCUUGAAAAUGAAAUGCCAAAAAUAAACUGGGUAUUUUUCUGAAAUUUAACUGAUUUAGAUAAUAAUAAUGAUGAUUGUAAAACAAAACCCUAAAUGUCCUUUUAUAAUCUGUGUUCUCUAUUCUUUCCUGCAGCACCCCGGUCAUGCUGGGAAUCUACAUCAGUAUCUUCAUCAUACUCGCCAACAUCCUCUUCAUCUGUGCCAUAUACUCUUGCAUCAAGAUUUUUCCAGCUGCGAUGCAGACUGUCUCGAAGAAGAUUGUCCAGUCUCGCACCAACAGCACGCUGGUCGGAGUAUUCUCCAUUAUCCUCGUCUUUAUCUCUGCCUUCGUUAAUAUGUUUGCCUGCGACACCACGGGUUUGGCUGAAUGCGUCGCUGAGAAGCUGAACACCUCUGCCGUGACUCCCUGUCUGAUCCGCAGCUUGAAUGUGUCCAUCGAGGGGGGUCUAGAGAUCUGCCCCAGCCGAGGCCCCUCCUGCCCCUUUCCUGAGUAUUUCAGCUACAGCGUGCUGCUGACGCUGCUGGCCUGCUCCGUGUUCCUGCAGAUCAGCAGCAUAGGGAAGCUGGCCCUCAUGCUGCUCAUCCAGCUCACCUUCCUGCUGCUGGUGGAGUGGCCACAAGUAGCACUGUUUGACAAUGCAGACCUCUUUGUCACCUCCAAUGCCAUGUAAGUGAAACAAGUGUGAAAUUACAAGUCACCGAGAGGGUUUACUCCAUUUGUACUGAUAAUUUAAGGGAUGAAAGGGAAUGGAAGAUUUUUAUUUUCAGUAAUUUAAGGAUAAAUCAAAAUACUUAAAAUACCCUUAUUUGCUCUUUCAUUGAUUUUGCUUCUGUUUACUCAUGAAUUCGAGCAUGUACAACAGUAAAAUCAAGU